AUGAAAAAUUCUAUCACAGUCAACCAAAACUUGAAACAUUUAAAGAGCAUUUUAAAACAAGAAACCAAAGCGAUGAAAUUCAAGCUAGUCAAGCUUAAAGCAUCGAUAGAGAAAUCGAAGAGCAGCAACGAACCAUCUGUUGAAAAGCACGAGUUUAAUGUAAGAUCUCGCAGCCAGUUAUCACAGUUUCUCAAUUCUUCAGAAUCAACAAAUAAAACUAAAGAUUCCACUUCUAUAAAUUCCCCUUCACAAACAGAGCUGGAAUCUACUGAAAAAGCUGAAUAUAUUAAAUUAAUAGGAUUUAAUUCCUUGCUUAUCGCCCAAUGUCACACCACCUUCUGCUGCUCCCCGCCCGCUGCGAAAAUAUAGAAAUUGCCCGAGGAUCGGCUCCACACGGGAAGAUUUUUUCCACAUGUGGAGCCAUUUUUUCACACAUGAGAAUCCUGACUUCCACGUGUGAAAAAAAUGGCUCCACACGUGGAAAAUCGUUCCCAUGUGGAGCCGAUUUUCCGUAUUGCCAGAGAAUGGCGCAAAUAGCGCCAUUCUCGGGCAAUUAGUAUAUCUUAUUUAGUUGCUAAAUAUUCAUUAUUAUUUCCAUUGAAAAAGCUACAGAAAAUAAAUCAGAAGCUAUAAAAGAGUUCUUGAAAUCUUGUGGACUUCAAAAAUAUUUUUCACUGUUCAUUACUAAUGGAAUAAACGAAAUUGAGCUGCUGUUAGGAUUAACAGAAAUUGAUAUUAAGAAUUUAAACUUGCCACUUGGGCAUCGGCUGAAAAUACUUAUCCUUCUCUGUGAAGUAAAAAAUUAUUGGAUUUUAGUCCUCCUAUAUGAGCGCACAAAAAUUUUCCUUGCUAAAGAGUUAAAAAAAUCAAGGAGUGUAAAUAUGGAAAAAGCUCACAUUUGAGAUCUAUAUCAACAAAAGGAUCUGACAAUGAAAGUAUUGAGAAAAAAGGGAAAAGUAGUAAAGGAGUCCCAUCCUUUUAUGUAGAUGCACUUGAAUAUUUAAAAACGAGUGGAAACUCAUGAAAACAAUCUCUAAACAAAAAUUAUAUUGCUAAAAAUGGCUUAAACUUGAUAAGAAAUUCCUUUGAUGGCCAGUUGAUUAAACCAAUCGAAUCUCCAGUAAUUGAUGAUAAUGCAUACUUUUGUGAUAAAACUUGUUGUAUGCCAAAAAUAAGAUGCCAAUAAAGCUUUAUCCUGAAUUGAACUUAAUUAUUUAUAUUUUGCUGGCUACGCCUAGUGAACUUAUCUUGAUGCCAAAUAUGAAAACCCUUGAUUUUAGAAGUCUGCCACCUAUCCAGGCGGGGGACAUUUAUCUUAGAGUACCUGAGGAAUCUUAGCAGGCUGCUUUAUCCUUUAAAAGCGAGCAAAUCCAUUGAAAAAUCCAUAGUUUGGGAAAACUAAUCCCUGUUUAAAAAUUGUUUUAAACUCGCCUUUAAGAGGAGCUCUAAAGGGGAAGGAGUAGAUAAAAAUAAAACUUGCUGGACUUGUGGAAAAUCUUUUAUCAAAGAAACCGGAAUAGUGGACAGUAAGCAAUGCUUUUGCUCAAUGCUAUGCAAAGAACUGUUUACAGAUUCAACAGAAAUACAAUGCAAAUGCGGAAAAAGUUUCGCUAGAGGGAUUGGAAUUUUCAAAAAAAAAUCAAUUUACUGCAGCUUUAAAUGUUUUUUUAAAUACAAGCAGAAAAAGAAAAUUGAUGCUUUUAUAGAGACAUCGAAAUGUGUUUCACCUGACUCAAUGAGCAACACAAUAGGCACCGAUACAGAGAUUUCAAGCCCGAAAUCUGUCAGAAAAUAUUACCCGUAUGUCCCUUCCCCUGAGAUUCAAAAUAUUUCAAAAACAAAUUCAAGCAAAAAAGGAAAAGGGAAAAAAGCAGAAGAUUAUUUACUACAAGGUUGGUAA